AAAGUUAAUAUGUAAAAUAUUCGUAUGGUGCUUUAUUUAUUUAUCAGUGGUAAAAUAAAAGAGCAAGCUUCUAUGCAGGCAGUGACUAAGCUUAGUGUUUAGCACAAUUAAUAGAAUGUUUAGAUUAUUAGUUAUACAAUUUAGCGUUCAUAAAUUAUAAUUAGUUGAUGGCCUGCACUUUGUGCUAUAUGUAAUGUACCUAACAAUUUUUAAUUCUAAUGUUUAUUUUAAUAAAUAAAGUAAGACUAUGAAGUUAGAUAUAAAUUUUAAAUUAACAUUAUAAACAAAUUCUAAUGUUGGAUUAAAUUAUUUUUUAUAGUAAUAACCAAAUUAGGAAAUUCAGAUUUUAAAUUAAAAACUUAGUUCUUAUAUAUACUUAUUGAAUUUGUGGACAGAAAAUAAAUCAAGUGCACUGAAAAAGAUGAUUAUAAAUAAUCACAACCCGUAAAACAUUAAUAAAAUAACAUUAGUUAACUAUAUAUUCUCAAGAGUUUAGAUUUUAAGAACAGUGAGACAAAAACACAAAAAAAAUAAUAAAUUACACAAUAUUAUAUUUUUAUUCUCUUAGAUUAUAUUUAUAUUGUGUUUCUUAUUUUUCAACUUUUUAAUGUUAUUUAAUGUUUUAAUUCUAGUUUUACAUGAUUCUCUAUAUUUUUUAUAUUUUAAGUUAAUUUUCAGUUUGUAGUUUAUAUAAUAUUUACUAUUUUGGUGAAAUAUAUUAUAUGAUAACAUUUGUGAUUCUAUGGAUAAAUUUAUUAUUUUCAUAUAUUCAUUUGCGAUUUUGAUGUUCGUCAUGUACAGAUACAAAUUAAUUGAUUUAUUUUAGGUUAGGAAUAUAAUUUUUUAAUAUUAAAUAUAUAUAUAUAAUAUUUAACAUAAGUAUAUAUAUUUUACGACAUCUUUUCAAUGAAGCUUUGGCUUUAAUCUUAACUUUAAUAUUGUAAUAAUUAUUUGGAUCAUAUUUUCAAUAAAAUCAGAGAAGCUGACUAUAAUAUUAGUCAUUAAAAUCAUAAAUUAAAUGUAAGAUAAGCAUAAUUAUGAUAUUAUCGGUAGAUAUUGUCAAUAUCUAUUUAUUAAUUAAAUAUCUUAAAUAUUAUGAUAAAUAUAUUAUUAAAAUAUAUUUAUUAAAAUCUAUACUAUUAUUUGAGAAGUGAAUUUGCUUAAUUGUCAAUAUAAUAUUUAUAUAUUACAAUAAAAAUUGAAUAAUGAGUUUAAUUAAACUAAUGAUUAAUCUUAAAAUCAUAGAGAAUAUGACAAGUAAGCAAAUUCACUUCUCAAAUAAUAUUAUAAAUAUAUUAAAAUAUAUAUAAUAUUUUACAUUAAAUAUCUUAAUUCACAAAUGAUAAAAUAGUUAUUUUCAUAAGAUUUUAUAAUAUAAUAUAUUAAUUAUUUAUGAAUAAUAAAUUAUAAUUAUCAAUUAUUUAUUACUGCAAUAUUGUAACUGUUAUGUUGUUUAGAAACUGUAAAUGAGAGAAUACCAUAGUCGACAAAUUUUUGUUUCAUAAAUAGAAAUUGUGUGCAAUAACUUCUCAGAGAUAUUUAUUCAACCUCAGCUGUGGAUAGAAAAAAAUUUUUUUGCUUCAUUGUGCCAUGAAACCAUACUGUUUUCAAGGUAGAAACAACUUAUGCAAGUACUUUUUCAAUCAUAUACACAACCUACCCAAUCUUCAUCAUAGUAUAUCCUGCAAGAUUCGUGUUAGUCCCAAACGUAUAAUACAGUCCAAAAUCUCGAGUACCUUUCACAUAUUUAAUCAUUUGCUUCAUAGCUAGUAAAAUGUGAUUCCUUUAGAUAUGCCGAAUAGGAGCACAAAUCCCUAUGCUUAAGCAUAAGUCGGGUGGACUUGCUGCAAGGUAAAGGGACUACCAAUCAUUGCUCUGUAAAUCUUCUCAUCUACUUUUUGCAAUUUUCACCUCGAGAGAGCUUGAUGAGUGUACUCUCAAUGGCGUUUUUGACAAUUUGAUGGUCUGUAUCCCGAAUCUUCUCACCAAGUUCUUGACAUAUAUGUGCUUUGAGUAGCAAAGAUCCCAUCGUUCAUUUGUUUGACUUGCAGCCCAAGAAAGUAACUCAACUCGCCCAUCAUCUCAAAUUUUUUUGUUAUGGUUUUCACAAAACAUGUAGUGCGUUGUACUGCCAAAUAUUAUAUCAUCAGCGUAAUAUUAAACUAUGAGAAUUUCUUUUUCUUGCUCCUGAAUGAAUAAGGUAUCAUCGACUCAACCUCUUUUGAAACAAGCCUUGAUAAGAAAUUGAUUGAGCUUCUCAUACGAUGCUCUGGGAGCUUACUUUAAUCCAUACAAAUCUCUAUUAAACUUGUAUAUAUAGUCAGGAUGGUGUGGAUGUUCAAAUUCUUGGGUUGUGCCACAUAUACUUCUUCUUGCAACACUCUAUUCCAGAAAUUACCCUUCACAUCCAUCUUAUAGAGAUUAAUUUUCAGUCGACAUGCAAUUCCGAUGAUACAUGAAUAGACUCAAGCCUUGACACUAAGAAUUUUUUUAUCAAAUUAAUCAAUGCUUUCUAUUUGAGAUCAACCUUGUGCAACCAUUCUUGAUUUAUUUUUGAUCACAUUCUCAUCUUCAUCGGUUUCUUUAUUGAAAUCCACUUGGUUUCAACUAUAUCCAUGUUCUCAGGUUUGGAACUAAAUCCUAGACUUGUAUUCAAACACACUGCUCCAUCUCCUAAGCAUAUAAUCAGCCCAGAGGAUCGUCUUCCAAUUUGCUGAUUUACAGCCUUGGAUAAUCUUAAACUGGUCCAAGUUAAUUGUUGAGAAGAUGGUAGUUAAGUCCUUUGAAUUAAAAUUUGAGGCAGCCUUAUCAAAUUCAGUCCACCUCUCUUUUGGUUUAGGCGCCAAGGUCUAAUCUUCCAUCAUCAUACUAGGUGCAGUCCACCCUGACUCAACAGCCGUCAUGCAUCUCCAUCUAUUCCGCAAAUAAUGUACUUCCUACGUGCCUUCCAAAGUCUGAAGUUCCCCUCGUUAAGCAUGAUGGGUUUAUGCAGAGUAAUUAGUUUCUCAACGGUUUCCAAUGUGAUUCCGCAGGACCUCAACCUGAUUGUAGACAAAGUUCUACUUGAGGUUACCCGCUUUGAUACCAAAUAAAAGUUCACAGUAAACCAAAUUCACUUGUAUACUCAAAAAAUAAGAACAUGUAUCUUGUGAUAGAACCGUAUUAUAUAAACUACGGAGAACUGAAUAUUGUAAAGAAUAAAAUUAAUAAAAUUAUACCAAAGAUUAAGAAAAGAAUGAUACAACUGCAGAGUUGAGAUAGUAUAUCUUUCUUUAACUCAAAAUACGUCCCUUAGUGCGACAGUUCGAUAACGUAAUGAGUUUCAGGAUACAACUGCAAAAAAUCUUCUGAUUUGCGUCACUCUAUCACAAGUCUGGCAAAACUAGUUUUGUGUAUACUCUCAUACUCAAAAGAAAUAUUAAAGAGGAAAAAGUAAUAUGAAAGAUUGAUUUGUUUUCUCUACGUAUGAACAAGUUAACACAAGUGCUCCUUUUAUAACUUCAAAAAAGAUGAACAUGUUAUGUCAUUUAUGGAGACACUAACGUCAUAAUUCUAGCAAUAAAAGAAAAUUUGAUUUCCAUGAGUAAAGAUUCUAGACGUUAGCAAACUAAGUCAUAAUGUUGUAUUGACCAAAUCAAAACCAACAAUAUACUUAUUGAGGUUAUAUUUUAUAUUUAACCAAAUAUCAAAAUAUUUUAUGAAUAAGAUUUAAAGUAGAUUAAUUGACAUUAAGUCUAAUUAACUUAUUAAACCUAAAUUCAAAUCCCGCAUAUCCAAAGUGAAAUAUUUGUUAAAUUUUAUAUUUAACCAAAUAUAUAGCUUUAUAAGUUUUUCAUAUCAUUCAUUUUGGACCUCCAUUUUUCAUUCAAGACUACUCCGAUCUUGACUAACAAAUACACUAACUCAUAGUGUUCACAAUGACGAUUAUAUCAUCCCCAAAUUCUGGUCUUUCCGACAGACAUCUCCGUCGAAAAAUCCAUCUGAAAGAUGGUCCACACCACUUUGUCAAAAACGAGUUCCAAUAAUCUCCCACAUGAAUAGAAAUGACUCGAUACACAUGACUCAAGAAAGAAAGAAAACUUUUGAGAUUAUGAGCGAAAAAUCCAUUGCAUGAUGAGUUGGUAGCAAUUUUUCAGCCUUGAACCAAUCAUUGUUAAUAGCUAUCGGAUUUACUCGAACAUGAGGUGGCCAUGAUGUCUUGAACCCCCCGGAGUUUGGUGUAAAUCGAGACAAUAGCUAUAACACAGCUCAUUUUCUCACAAAACUAAUUUCUCUAUUGUGUUUAUUUUGGCCGUGAACAUUCCUGGUAAUCAUGAGUGAACUUGUAGAAUAUAGUCUUUCCUUCAUUGUCCUAGAAACGGCUCCAUUUUACACUCACAAGGUGAUUUACCAUUAAUUUUGUUUAGAGGAAUAUCAUGUACUACUUCAUUCAUAUUUCAAAACAGUAGACACAAAUCAUUAAAAGCAAAUUCUUAUCUUCUAUUCCUUAGAUAAAACACUGUUUAAUCAUCCUAGGAACUGGGUAUGGACCGAAGUCUUACAGUGCUUUGGGCAGAUUUAGUUUGACUUAGUUGUCUCUUUGAACCUAUUUCGUGGGAUUUCAAGUCACUUAGGUAGAGUUACCGCCAAACCUCAUCUUAAUUCACAGGCUACCCAUUUCUUUUGAUGAUAUAACAAUAUGAUCUCAUGACACACCUUUAAUAUAAGGAUCCUAGGUUGUCAUCAUAAUGAAUAUAAUCUCUUGAGAUUAUUCGAGAUCAAUUGUCUAAUGAUUUUUGUCAUUUUUUUCAAGAUACAAUUAACUAUUGUACACAAAAUUCAAUGUAUGACACUAAUUUUUUUUUCUUGAAAAAAUUAUAUUAUGAUAAUUAUCACUAAGUUCAUUUGGCCACUUGCCAACGACUUUAUAUGGUAAGCAAAAUUCCUCCCCACAUUUCUUGAGAUAACUCAAAAAACAUACAUAUUCACAUUUAAUAUUUCUAAAGAGUUUAGAAAAAAAUAAUCUACAACUCCUUUAGAUUUAAAGGAAUAAAAAACAAUAUCGAAAAACAUUAUAAUUUUCUUUAAAACCGUAUUUCACUCUCAAAAAUUUACAUUUUACAUCCAACUAGUUCAUAGUUUUCUCAAGUAGAUUUUUAAACAAAUAUAUUAUGCUUUGGAUUUUCCAAACAAAUAUUUUGCUUUUCAGAAAAUAUACAUAUCAUUACAAGAUAUUAUGUGUGCCAUCAAAAUCACCAUUCUAUAUGGGUAUUCUCGACCAAAUUGAUUUUAGAAACUACAACACAUGUCAGUUUCAGUAACAGUGGUCUAAAAAUUCUGUUGUUUUUUUCAUGGUCAAACUUUUUAUAACUUGCAUUUAAGAAUUGACUUAAUAUAAAUGUUUUGAUCAAUGUCAACAAACAUUUUAUUUUCUAUGGCAAACAAUUCAUAUGUGGCAGGCCUCUCCCAAAUUUAAUUGGGAACAUCGACUCACAAAAAACAAUUUCCAUCCAUAUACAACUUGAUAUCAAAAUGUGUUUAUAAAACUAUUUUCUCUCUCUUCCUACCACUGUUUUUACAACCAGAACUCCACUGAUCAAUUUGCUGGUGUUAUACCUCCAUCAACUAUAAACAUAUAUUUAUAACCUUAAAGAAAAAAAAAUAUUGUUAGUGCCAAUUCAGAAAUGAAUUAAAGACGCUUGUUCUAGAAAUAAAUAACAUAGUCAAUUUACUUUCUGAGAGAUAAAACGUAACUGCAAACGAAUCUAAUAACAUAAAGUAGAACGCAACUCUCUUUUUAGAGAGACACGUCACUAAAUAAAAUACAGAGAGCCUGACACGUGUCCCACCAUCAUAAAACUCAUCGUUUCAUUUUAAAAUAGGCAUUGUGGGCUUCCUUCUAAUCCUCAUAAUUGGAGCAAAAUGCCCAAAUCUGAUUACUCACAUGAAGCUUAAGGGUUUCCGUUCUUUUCCAACUACGCCAUCUAUCAGUUUUUUUGUACGUUCUCUCUCACACACAAUGGUGUUUUGAUUGUUUCGAUGACUGAAAUCGAGAUAGAGAAUCUCUUCGUGUGUAUCUACUCGCGUCGUUUAACCUUUUACUCUACUCAAACGAAACGGCGGAGUUACAGAUUCAACGCCACCAUCGCCUUCUUAACUCCAAAGACCGACGUGUAGCACGAUCUUGACAUUGAUUGUGAAUUACCCUUCUGCAAGGUGGUCUAUUCUUCACCUAUAAAAGGCUGACGAUUUCUCAGCUUAUGGGAAGCCAGUGAUGCCAGGCGUGGAGGGGAAGGGGAACUGAUAUCUCUUGAUAUGCGCUUACUGGACUCGAAGGAAACUGUUAUAUUCGGAGGUUGACAUGUUUAUGAUUAAUGAAAAGCCGAUUCUCAUCCAUGUGACCACUUCAAACUUUCAGAUACAACCGUCGACAAUCGGUUCCACAGUUGAAGACAACUCAAGGGACUGACAAAUACAAAAGACAGAAUUAUUUUUUCAUUCUUGAUCCCUAAUAGACGAAGGAAACACGCUAUUAGAGUUGUUGUUCAACUCGCUCUCCAUCUCUUCUGAGGUAAAUUUACACCCACAGAACUUUUUUCAUUUACUAAGAAUCUCCACGAAAGAAAGGGAUCUGUAUGAUAUACAAUCAUGACUGAUCUUUUGCAGGCUAAGUUAGUUGCAUUCAGUUAAAAUUGUUCAUAGGAAUGUGAAAACAAAGAAUAUGCUUUGUUAUCAGAGGAAUCUAAAGAUUACUUAUUUUUGAGUGGCUAGAGUUGAAGCUCAUAAUCCAAAAGAAAUGAUUGAAGAAAGUGGAACUCUCGCAUGGCUCCAUAUGUUCUUGAUGGUAAGGCAUAGAACACUGUUUACAGAGAAACAGGGCACUAGCUCACUCUUCGUCACAAAUAAAAGACACAAGAUGAAGAACAUGUCUACUGUUCCUGUAAGAAUCUCAAAUAUUAUACUGGAAAAAUUUUGUUGACCUACUGUGUGAUUUACAGUUACUAUAUUUGUCUAUUAUUUCAUUUGAUUGUUUUAUGUUGAUUCGUUUCUAAAAUUAUAAAAACCUAAGAAAUAAUCAUAUUCCUUUAGGUUACAUGCUCUGUUUUAGUUACUUUUAUCAUAACUUCAUGCCUUAGCUUGUAUGCUCUGUUUUUAGGGUUUAUAUCUUAGCUUCAUAAUUUAUCGAUGCAAACCACCUUCCCAUCACAUCAGUAAUUUUUGCAUUUAUAAAAAAGAGGGGUGUGCUCCCAAACAAUAAGAGCAUUUGCAGUGGUAAAGGACUAUCAACAAUUUCUCAAAAAAAAAUUAAAAGAAAAAUAGAUUAUAAAUUAUUCAAAAGACAGUUGAACCAUUAAAUAGAAGACAAGCACUAAAGCAGUCCCUCAAGACUUCAUGAAAGUCUCUUCUUUCAGAAACGUUCCUGACCUCUUUCUUUCAUAUUUGCACUCUCUUUCUUCAUUUCCUUUUUUUUUUUUUGCAUUAAUUGAGAAAUUUUAUAAAGCUCCUCACUGAAAGUGCCCUAAGAAAAUGUUCCAAAAAAGUUGUUCCAAAAGAAAAUCAAGAGGGGUGAUUAAUCCACUUUAUGGUUUGUAUUUUCGGUUUAAUCAAUUUAAUAGAUAGAAUGAGACAAAGUAUUAAAAACACAGUUGUCAGUUGUAUGUAAUUCAUAUACUUCGUUUUAGAUUGUGCUCUGAUUAAUUGAUGUCAUAUUGGAUUGUAUUCGCUUUGGGUACUGGAGUUGGAUACAAGCCGAACUUAACUUGGAAAAUAAUUUGACAAUUCAAAUUAUGUAUAUAAAAUGAUAAAUCUGAAAUUGUAUCUGUAAAUACAAAAUAUGAAAGAAUAUAUUUUGUUGAUUAAAUCUGACUUAAUAUGGUUACACUCACUAACAAUAAAAUAAGAUAAUAUAUUUUAUUAAUUAAAUUCGGUUUAGUAUGGCUAUACUAUACUAGAAAUUGUCGUAGUAGAAACUAAGUUUACAAAACUUAGAUUCACUAAUGAUCAACUCGCACACUAUAUCUCGCUAGCUGCAAUUUAGAAGCCCAUCACAUUGGAGAAAUGCAAAAAUAUUUAUUAACAAUGAAGGUGGCAUAAUACAUAUCCACAUAGCAACACAGUAUAAUAAUGUUAUGUAGAAAAAAGUCCAAAAUCGUUCAACCAAUGAUAGAUAAAAUUAGAUAAAACCUAAACAAAACAAGAGCGAUUAUUUGCUAAAAUCGCAUAGAAACUUCACUUCAUGGAGUUAGACUAACAAAGUUUCUCUAGCUUCAAUGUAGUCUACAACAACUGUCUAUAAAAGAAUUAGAAGAAUUUAAAAGAUUAUAUAAACAAUAAAAUAUUUAAGUUAAUACAUAAAAUAAAUAACAAAAUUAAAGAUUGAAUUGUGUAGGAGACAUAAAAUAUUUAGGUAUUACGAGGAUGGGUUUGAAGUAAAUGAUAAAGUAUGUUUUCAUAAUUUCUGCAGAAAAUAUUAGCUCAUGACCUGAGAAUACUAUUUGAAAAUCAAAAUAUUUAAACUCUGACAAACACCAAAACCGGAUUACAAUUCAAGCAUUAAGAGAUAGUUGUAAUUUUUAAAGUUAGGACAAAUGCAAUAAACACACAUCACCAAUGUACAUAAUAACAAUGUCAUGUGCCCAUAAUCUCCAGUUCUCCACAAAACAGAUUUGUAAUCACACCAGUCACAAGAGAAUCAUGUGAAAAACUGGUUCAAAUAAAAAACAAAGACAAUACAAUAAAUUUAGAAAUGACCUUACAAAAUAUACUCCCCCCAUUUUUUAAAGAUUGAUGUCUUGGUGUUCUUCACACAUGUUAACAAAACAUAUUAAUCAUAUAUAGUUUUUUCGAAAUUAUCAAAUUCCAAUAUUUUUUAAUCAAUAGUCUUUCAAUAAAUUCAAUUAAUUUUACUAAAAUUUACAAUUUUUGUAUAAAAAACAUAAAAAAAUCUAUCUUUGUGAUACAAACAUUUUCUCUAAAACUUUUAUCUUAAUGAAAUGGAAGGAGUAUUUAACAAAGUACCAAAUCCCGCGCGAAGCGCGGAUUUCCCCUAGUACCUUAUAACUAAAACCUGAGUUUUAAGAAACCAGUAAAUAAGGUCAAAGCAUUAGUGACUAAUAACGUUUCCUUUAAAUUUACCUUUAUGAGCUAGUAAAUUAUCAAAACCGACAGAUUGUUUUUUAACUUCGAUUAAAUUCAAAAAACUAAAGGAUUCAAUAAUUAGAUGCCUAAUGAAUAAAUUUUAGAGAUUAAACCAAAAAUAUACAGAACCAACUUCCCUUUUCCGGUUCAAGUAGAGACUAUAACAAAUGAUGAUCACCUCUUUCAUUUUAUGGGAACCUGUUCUGGAUCGAUCUAACACCUAUUCUUAUAUAAAAAAUAACUUUUACAAUAAUCAGUCCGGUUAGUGCAAAGCAAUAAACGGAUAUUUUGAGUUAAGACUGAUAGAACCGUAUUAUAUAAACUACGGAGAACUGGAUAUUGUAAACAAUAAAAUUGAUAAAAUUAUACUAAAGAUUAAGAAAAUGAUGAUACAACUAAAGAGUCGAGAUAUUAUCUAUUUUCUUAACUCAAAAUACAUCUCAUAGUGCGACGGUUCGAUAAUGUAAUGAGUUCCAAGAUACAACUGCAAAAAAUCUUUUGAUUUACAUCACUCUAUCAGAAGCCUGGCAAAACUAGUUUUGUGUAUACUCUUAUACUCAAAAGAAAUAUUAAAGAGGAAAAAGAAAUAUGAGAGAUUGAUUUGUUUUCUCUACGUAUGAACAAGUUAACACAAGUGCUCCUUUUAUAACUUCAAAAAAAAAAUGCACAUGUUAUGUCAUUUACGGAGACACUAACGUCAUAUAGCAAUAAAGGAAAUUUGAUUUCCAUGAGUAAAAAUUCUAGACGUUAGCAAACGAAGUCAUAAUGUUGUAUUGACCAAAUCAAAACCAACAAUAUACUUAAUUGAGGUUAUAUUUUAUAUUUAAUCAAAUAUCAAAAUAUUUUAUGAAUAAGAUUUAAAAUAGAUUAAUUGACAUUAAGUCUAAUUAACUUAUUAAAUCUAAAUUCAAACUCUACAUAUCCAAAGUGAAAUAUUUGUUAAAUUUUAUAUUUAACCAAAUAUAUAGAUUUAUAAGUUUUUUAUGUCAUUCACUUUGGAUUUUCAUUUUUCAUUCAAAACAAUUUCGAUUUUGACUAACAAAUAUACUAACUCAUCGUAUUCAUGGUGACGAUUACAUGUGCCCAAAUUCCGAUCCUUUCGACCGACGUCUCCGUCGAAAAACCCAUCGAAAAAAUGAUCUACACCACUUUGUCAAAAACAAGUUCCAACAUCUUGUUUAUUAAGAAUCUUGUACACAAUCUUAAACAUAUUUUUUUAAUUCCAAGUACUCGAUGUUACACAACUCGAAACGUAUCAAUUCUUGAUAUACCCAAAUCUCGUGAUCUGUCGACUGCAAGUUUGCACUCUAGCUCACAACCAAAAAACAAUCACAAGAACAGAACAAGACUUGGUACCAAACUUUUGAUGUUGUUCUCUCUUAAGCUCUAACCCUAUAUGACCCCCUUAGACGAGUAUUUAAGCGUUCUUGUUACGUCGAUAUAUUCCUUGCUAGCUAUGCUGCUAACAGUUCCUCCAAUCCAAGUUUGCCAUGUCAUCUACUGUGUGUGACACAAUCUCCAUCUUGUGUAAAACACACUAGCUCUGGAUUGUCCAAUUUAUGUGUUCUUUUGAACUCUGAUGAAGCUCCAAAUCUUGAGCUUACAUAAAAUACAUCAAAAAUUCUAUGUAUUAGUUCGUAACUUCGCAUAGAAUAAAACAAAGGAAAUGUUUGAAUGAUUCACGUUUGAUAUUAACUUAACACCAAGAAGAAAAGGAUUAAAUGAAAACUACGAAGGAUGAAAGAAGAGUAUGUGUGCACAGUCGAAAAUGCUAAUGAAGAUGUCCAUAUUUGGGUAGAAGACAUCGUUUUCUUUCUUACCAAGCCCCAAAGUUGUUUGGCCAAUACAGUCUGGAUUACUCUACAUCUACACGUGAUUUCAAUUUAACGACUAUUAAUAGAAAGAACUGCCUUUUAUUUAUCCAUGAACGGCAACCUACGAGCUCUAAGUUAUGGUAUCACUGAACGCGUGUAAAGUUGAUGAGAUAUCAACUAUAUACUAAGUUGGCUUCAAAUCGAAAUUAAUGAAUCGAGACCUGAUCUCAUAGUGUAGAAUUUAGGGAAUCCGAAAUGGUAUAUAAGCGGUUAAAGAAAAAAACAAAUUAAAUUAAGUGAUGGUAAACUACGUUGAUCAAGAUAAUUUAGCUAAACAUUAUUUAACCUUUUCCCGACAGCAUACAAUAGUCUGAAAAUUUUCGAAGACCAAAAUAGUUUCAUGUUUGCGUUAUCGUAAGGAUGGAAAUAGAUCUCUUUCAUUCAUGUAUAAAGACAAUAAAUCUAAGUAAAUGACAACGUACUAUAACUGGUUUUAAAAAUUUCGUAAUCAUCUCUAUGCCAUGCUUCAUGGCUGUAAAUUUUCUUAGUUUGAUAAUUUAAAUAAGUGGAUUGUAUAGUUGAAUCCGUAUGAGAACUGGACACAUGGUUUAUUGGUUUCUAUACAUAAGCACUAUGAACUUUUUGAGUGUGUAAUUUAAUCAUUUCCCAUUUUAAGUAAAAGGGGAAACAAAGACCUUUUUGGUGGAGGAGUCACUUUAAGAAAUUCAAUUCUUUAUAUAAGAUCUGUAAGGAAUAAGUAUCAAAUGAUUCAAACAUUUAGCAGGUAAUGUUUAGUUACUUACAUGGAGUCACUUUCUCGGAAAAAAACAUACAUGGAGUCGCUUACGAGAAACGUUUUCGAAAUAAACAUGCUAUGUUUCAAAAAAAAUUGAAGCAAAGUCAUGAAUCAUUUCUUUAACCUUAUCUGCAAUAUAUUUACUGCUGUUUUUUAAUUAAUCUCCUACUCUUUGAAUUAGAAUUGGUAAUGCUUUCAGAAACCAUUUAUGAAUAUUUAGUGUUAAACUACUUUAGAAAUAUUUCACGAUGAUUUAGUCGACAAAAUUUUACCAUAUACAUUGAAGCUAGGAUUCAAAUUUUUCCAUUCUGUGAUUUCAAUUAUAGUUUCAUCAACCAAAUCUGACAUUCAGACUUCAUAUAUGGACCCGGUUCAGACAUUCCUAGCUAAUAUAAAGCUUGAUGAUUAUGUUUUAGGUUGUAGUUUAACCAGUCAUCCCUUAAGUAAACCUUAAGAAUGUAUUCUGCCUAGAGAUUCCGUAUUCUACUUACAUAAGAUUUGUGCAUCCAUUAUCCCCCAAAAAAUGGAUGCCUUGCGAUGUGCAAUAACCCUCUUAACUUUAUCAUGCCGAUCCACAAAUAGCAGUUUUUGCUUAACAAAAUUUGCUCUUCUCUUUUUUUUAUUAGCAACAAUUUGCUCUUCUCUUUACUUAAUCAACCAACGAAUACUUCUCACCAGUUUAAAAUUUCUUACAAAAAGUUAAAAAUCUGAAGAAAAGGUCGUUUCAUAUAUUAUACGUGCCAUCUUAUUAUUAGCGGUCCCUCCCCCCCCCCCCCUUACUUUAAAACAUUAUGACGAACAAAAUAUCAAAUAUAUAAAAUAAUGUUAUCAUAUCAAUUAUGCACAUCAUGAUUCAUUCCCUAUAUAGCUAUAUUUAGCAAGAAAGGACACCAACCAUAGGUACACUUAUAGAGAUUAUUUUAGUAAUAAAGUGGACAAAACAAAACAAAAUUACAAUUUAUUACGUGUCAUACUCUCAUUGCUUAGCUACCUUAUUAAAAUGCAAACAACCCUCAACUCUUCUUUCCUCCAUCUCCCAAGUCUCAUAAUAUUAGAAAACAUCAAGAAACUAACAAACCUUUUAGGUUUUACGCCACAUUCUUAAGUCUUAAACCAAAAUGCCCCGUUCCGACCGGGUCCGGGAAUAUUCUUGGAAUCAAAGCGAAGAAAACAGCCUGGUCGGGUCGAUUGUUCAAGAAGAAGGCCACAUUUACUCGUUAGCAGCGACAAAUGAUCUUGUGUUCACAGGAUCGGACAAUAAUCACAUUAGGGUUUGGAAGAACCUAAACGAGUUUAGUGAGUUUAAAUCGAACAGCGGUUUGGUGAAAGCGAUAGUGAUAUGCCGUGAGGAUAAUAAUAAUAAGGUGUUCACGGGUCAUCAAGACGGUAAGAUCCGGGUCUGGAAAACCUCGCACAAGAACCCCCGAGUGUACACACGCGCCGGAAGCUUACCGGCUUUGAAAGACGUGUUGAAGAAGUCAGUGAAGCCGAGUAACUACGUGGAGGUGAGAAGACGUCGUACGGCGCUGUGGAUCAAACACUCCGACGCCGUUUCGUGUUUGAGCCUUGUGGAAGAUCAAGGGCUGUUAUACUCCGCCUCAUGGGAUCGGACGGUCAAGGUUUGGCGCAUUCACGAUUUGAAAUGUUUGGAAUCUAUUAAAGCUCAUGAUGACGCCGUCAACUCCGUCGUAGCCGCUGGUUCCGGCGAGGGUCUUGUGUUCACUGGCUCGGCCGAUGGAACGGUUAAGGUUUGGAAACGGGAGGUUCGCGGGAAGCGUACUGCGCAUAGUUUGGUUCAGACUUUGCUGAAACAAGAAUCUGCUGUUACGGCUUUGGUUACUAGCCACGUGGCGGUGUAUAGUGGUUCUAGCGACGGUGCUGUGAAUUAUUGGGAGAUGGGAGAGAAGAAAGUGUUGAAGCAUUGCGGUGUUUUCAAGAAACACAGGCUUGCUGUGCUCUGUCUCGCGGCAGCUGGAGAAUUGGUGUUUAGUGGUGCGGCGGAUAAGAAGAUAUGCGUGUGGAGGAGAGAAGGGAGAGUUCACUCGUGUGUGUCGGUUUUGACUGGUCAUACCGGACCGGUUAAGUGUUUAGCGGUGGCGGAACCAUCGGGAGGAGAGGGCGAAGACGGAGGAGAUGGGAGAUUGAUUGUGUAUAGUGGAAGUCUUGACAAGUCGGUCAAAGUUUGGAGGGUGCCAUGUCAUCAUAUGUAGGAGGACUUGGCUUGAUUCUGCGAGAUUUGGGAUGUAUGGAAGUUGAAUAAGAACCAGAACCAAUCAAAUGUUUGAUGAUUAUAAGGACAACCAUAUGUAGGAAUCUAUUAUGAUUAUAGUAAUUUAAUAUAUGAUGCAGCCAUGAUAUGUUUGAGUUCAGAUUUAACUAUAAGCUAAUAACUGUUUUUGUUUAACUACAAGUUAGUGAUACUAAAAUGACGUGGCAAACUUGGAUUGGAGAAACCACUAG